AUUCAGGGUCUAUCUGCCAUAUUCUUUUCUUCGUGGCUCAACUUGCUCUUAAUAUUCAUUCCUUUUGGGAUCAUAUCUCAUUUUUUAUGGAGCCCAACGGUUACAUUUAUUCUCAACUUUAUUUCUAUUAUUCCGCUCGCCAGAAUGCUUGGCUUUGUUACUGAAGAUAUAUCUUUACGCACAGGAGAGGUUAUAGGCGGACUCUUGAAUGCUUCCUUUGGGAAUGCUGUCGAGCUGAUUAUAUCAAUUAUUGCUCUCACCAAAAACCUUGUAGUAGUUGUACAGGCAUCUAUGUUAGGAUCCAUCAUAUCCAAUCUUCUUCUUGUUUUGGGUAUGUGCUUUAUCGGCGGUGGACUUAAGUUUAAGGAGCAAUCUUUUAAUGUGACAGUGGCCCAGACAUCAGCUUCAUUAUUGUUUAUUGCCGUGUCUUCACUCGUAGUUCCAGCCGCUUUUUACAGCUCUAGCCGAGACUCUAUGUCGCCUUUAGACCUUAGUCGUGUUAUCUUGAAUAUUUCUCGUGCGACUGCUAUAAUUUUGCUCAUAAUUUAUUUCUCCUACUUGUAUUUUCAAGUAAGUUUGUCUCUCAAAAUACACGCGACACCGAAAGAAAUCAGACACAGCCAGGAAUCUUUGAUGAAGAAGAUCAAGAAGCACCUCAGAUGCCUGCAUGGAUGGCUAUUUUAUUGCAAUCUUUUCUUGAUCACUGUCUUGGUUUCCAUUUCAGCUGAAUUUCUUGUCUCUGCUAUCGAAUCGGUUGUAGAACAGUGGCACAUCAGCCAAACUUUUGUUGGUCUUGUAUUGCUGCCUAUAGUAGGCAAUGCAGCCGAGCAUGUAUCAGCUGUAACAGUAGCGAUCAAGAACAAGAUGGAUUUGGCUCUUAGUAUUGCAGUAGGAAGUAGUAUGCAGAUUGCGCUGUUUGUCACACCUCUGAUGGUCUUGCUUGGGUGGAUAUUGGACGUGGAUAUGAGCCUGUUUUUCAAUAUUUAUGAGACAGCAGUGCUAUUUAUUGCGGUUAUUAUGGUGAGCUACCUAAUUAUGGAUGGCAAGAGCAACUGGCUUGAAGGUAUGAUGCUUUGCUCAGUGUAUAUCAUCAUCGCUAUCAGUUUCUAUUAUUACCCAGAC